AGAAGCCACGCCCUGACAAAGAUGGCGACCGCGGAAGUGGAGCGUCGGCGUUGCAAGCUCGCCUCCAUGUCCAUCGCCGCCAUGGUCAUCCUCCUGGGGGUCCCUCUGUGGUGGCGGACCACCGCCACGUACCGCGCCUGGUUGCCCGUCAGCGAGAUCCAGGAGCUGGGUAACCUCCAGCUGCUCCUGAGCGCCGACGUGGAGGUGGUGUUCGCGCGGGGGACGCUGGUGGCGGAGCAGCAGAAGAAGAUCCCCCAGACACGGACACACGUGGAGGAACACGCAAUAGAUGGGGCCACCUCUCUGACUUACAGGUAUGAGACACGUUACCGCACCGCAACUGUCAUGGAGGAGGACGCCCUGAACAAGCCCACCGCCGCCGGUCUGUCUCGCCGUCGCCGAGCUAGCGUGGUGUUUUCCGAGCAAGACAACAAGACUCUUUGUGUUUGCGUCCUUCUAGAGUCGGACCUGUCCCUGCACACGCUCAGCGAGAGUCCGUGCGGUUCUUUGGUGGUCUACGUGAUCCCUGGCUCCUCAUUGCUGCUGCCCCAGGACGUGGAGGUGUACGUUGGCCGGCGACGCACCGCUCUGCUGCGCGCCGACGCCCAGACCGGCGCGGCGAGGACGCUGGACCAGCUGUUGGCUCGCCUGGAGCCGCGGGUCAAGAAGGUGCUGCGGGUGAUGUCGUUCAGCCACGGCGACAUCACGGCCGCUUUCAGCGACCGAGUGCGUCUCAGCCCGGGAAGCCGACAGAGCAAAGCUGACAGCAUGAGAGCCUUCAAGUCCAGCCCAGGUUAUGAAAUAACCUUCAGUCUGCUGAAUCCUGACCCCGAGUCGCACCGACUGUACUGGGACAUCGAGGGCGCCGUGCAGAGCUACAUCCAACCGCUGCUCUCCAAACUGGCCCCUCUCGCCAACUUUAGCGUGGACUCUCAGACCUUGCACUACACCAUGCUGGGCGUCAACGCUCGCUUCGACAGCAGCCGCGCCGUCUACACGCUGAGCGCCGACAGCCUGGCGCACGUCAUCAACCCCGUGGAGGCUCGGCUGGGUUCCAAUGCUGCGUCUUCCAAUCCGGUGCUGAACUUCCUGCUCUACGUGCCCGACGCCCAACAUUCGCCGCUCCACAUCCUCGACCGCAAGAAAAACAAAGUGGCGUCCAAUGCCUUCCACUCGCCACGCUGGGGAGGAAUCAUGGUUUACAAUGUGGACAGCAAGACGACACUUCCUGUGGACGUGGACAUUAACAUGGCUAACGUCAUGGGCGUCUUCCUCGCACAGCUACGGCUGCUGCUGGGCGUGCAGCCCUCGUCGCCUCCCCCCGGCGUCCUGGUGUCCCCCCCCGGCCCGUCGGGCCUGGCCGACUGGGAGCUGGACCGCCUCAUGUGGAGCCGCAGCGUGGAGAACGUGGCCACGGCGACCACCGCCAUCACCUCGCUGGCGCAGCUGCUGGACCAGAUCGGCAACAUCGUCAUCAACGACAACAUCGCCCAGCAGGUGUCCAACGCCGUCACGUCGCUGCAGCUGGCCGUGGCCGAGCUGGAGGCCAGCAACCUGGGCUUGGCCCUGCAGUAUAGCAAGGAGGCCAUCUUGGCGUCGGAGAGGGCCUUCUUCGACCCGUCGCUGCUGCACCUCCUCUACUUCCCCGACGACCAGAAGUUCGCCAUCUACAUCCCGCUCUUCCUGCCCGUGUGCGUGCCCAUCCUGCUGUCGCUGCUCAACGUGCUGGCCGAGGUGAGGCAGAUGCGUAGGGACAAACAGGCCAAGAAGGACUGAU